AUGGCUGCCGGCGUGGUUAACAUCUGGAGUGGCCACGGCGACAACCGUCAGCUUAUUGCGACCACACCCAUGACGCCACUUGGUGUCUCCGCUCCUUCAACGCAAGAUCCCCCGAUGACUGCUCCCACGCCGCCGGCCAUAGUCGCCUGCAGCACCACAUCGUCACCGGGCGGUAUCUGGGCUCCUCACAACUCACCCACACACACUAGGGCUCCCAGUCGAGUAGCUGGCGUCCUCCUGGGCCUUGAGAUCAACCGCGUUCUUGGCUCUCUGGAGGCCAAUGCCGACGACUCGCCCGGCCGCUACAACACCGAGCUGCUUAGCCCGGCGAAGAACUCUUCGGCAAACUCGCAUGAGACGCACCCGCAAAAACUCCUGAAAUACACCUCGCCCGGGCCUGAUACUGAAGAGCCAACAACCCCCAAGAACCAAGUCAUGGCUCCCUCGAAGGCCACUACCUCGCCGCUAUCACCCAAGACUGUCUCGCGCCUCCUACCUCGUGCCAAGAACAGCCCUAAGCUCAGGCCGAUCUCGCCACCCUUUAAGCGCCCGACGGCACCGACUCCUGGCUCAGAGUACUCCAUAUCCCCCGAGUCACAGAAAGCUCUCACGCUGCCACUAGUGCUGUCCAGGACGCCCGCCAGCCCUAGCCCCCCCCCCGUCUUCACACGCACCCCAUCACCCAGCUCCGGCAAUAUCGCGAACUUCGGAUCUGGGCCCGAAGGCCUUUACACACCCUCUGUGGGCCACGCAACGAGCCGCACGCAGCUCGCCGCCACCCUCCGCUUUGACGAAGACGUUUUUGGCCCCAUCCUCGCCUCGCACGAAUGGGGAAACCAUGGCCCCCCCGUUUUCACGCGCCACAGUCCCCAGAGCCGGUCGCUCACGCGCAUCACGCAGAACGCGUGGGAGCACACCCCUGAAGCCGCCGCUGUUCAGACAGGGGGCGAAGCCGAGGUCUCCUACGACUCACAGGAAGAUACCACGCUCAACGAGUUCUGCGCCCCUGACGACGAGGGGGACUCAACGAACAUCAACGGCCACCAUAGUUCGGACGACGAGGUCAGCUCUAUCAUCGCGACCGACUCUGUGGCCAGCUGCCACACCUGCGACUCAUCCCAGGGCUGGAGCUCGGGCUCGUCUGACUGGUUUGAGUCCUACGACCGCCGUUCUCGCCACGGCGCUCCUGGCCCGCCUGUCCUGCGUCCGGGUACCACUAUCGCGGUUGCCACAGUGAACACAGAGGCCAUCGACCUCGCAGGGGCUUCCGCCGACUCCUCCUUGGACUGGUCGGCAGCGACCAUUCCGCAUCCGGAGGAGGACAGCGUUAUCCACAGCCUUGACGGCAUCACUUGCCCCAGUGAGGGCGAGUUAACCUUGGACAGCUCUCAGCAGUCGAUUCAUGAAAGUGACGAGGGUCUCGACGAACCUGUGUGCGUCGUUACCAACUCUCUGGGCUCCGUCUUCAACGAGGGUCCCAUGCUUCCCCCGCGGCAGCUUUCGGACGUCUCAACACCCACACCUCGCCCUCCGCCUCGUCGCCGCUCGACGCCUGUCAAGAAGUCCUCGCUGUCCAACAUCAUGCACGGCGUUUACGAGAACGCGCGCACCCUCAAACAGGACCCCCACGGUCCGGGGACUCCUGGCUUCUCUGCCAACGGAGGCAGCCCACCCAACACUCCCACGUCGAAGAACACUCCCUCGCCGGCGCGCAAGCCCGACGGCUCUCUCGCGACCCCUCCCCCAUUCCGCCUAGGUCAAGGUAGGGUCCGCGAAUCGCCGCCCAAACCUACCGCGCCGAUUGGGUCCGGCCGCCCAGGCAGCUCCGAGGCUUCCCAGCAGCAGCUUUGGGACGCCCCUUCGACCAACCGCACUUAUUGCAGUAAUGGUACGUCGAACCCCACCCUCGGCUCGCGAUUGGAGCCUUGCGAGCGGUUCGCCCCCCAUACCGAUGGGGGCGAGUCUUCGCACGCGAACGCUCGCAGUACCUUGCUCGGUGGGAACGAGGACCGCCACACCACACCACCCUGCACCCUUCGCACAAGCCGUAUCAGCACCAGCAAUGCCAACGGGCGUCCGCUUCACUGGGAGAUACCCACGCAGACUUGCCCCGGGUUUUCCAGUGCCGGAAGUCGUGAGGCGGAGGAGUCUGGACUCCAGCGUACCGUCGCCAGCCACCCUUCUGACCCAUCGCCCGGUGGACGCUACUGGCAGACGGAGCUCGUGAUUCCAAGCAUUGUCGUCACCCCUCCCGACGACAUUUCAGGUGACUCCAGCCACGAGUGCAAAUCACAGAGGUCCGUCUCCCCGCCUCUUACUCUUGAGCCGGCGCCCUCUUCAAGCGUCCAGAUCGACUACUUGAGCCCGACGUACCGCCCCAGCAGGUUCAAGGGCAAGGGUAAAUCACUCGCAGUUACACCUCCUCUCAGCAAGGUGACGGACCUACCCUACCGCUUGGUGCGCCAGAAGGGUGAGAUUGAUCCAAGCGAGCUCCAGUCUCCACUCCAGAAGCUCAUCUCGACGGUGGCGGGACAACUGGACCACAUUGAUGAACACGGCUUCGUCGACCCCCACGCGCCAAUGCUCGUUCCACUCAGCCCACCGGCGCCUACGUCGCGAACGCCCCACGGCCUUCGCAUGCGCAUGCGCACUCCUCCGGAGCGGCUAUGGGACAUUGAAGAGGGCUCCGAGACGGAGCACGCUGUCGAGUACGACUGGCGGCACGAGUACGCCCAGGAGAAGAUUUCUGUGCCCCUGGACCGUGACUACGAGACGACGAACGAGACGGCCUCUUCCAAGGACACUCUACGGGCCAGAAUUUGGGCUGGGGCCCAGAACGACUCUGGCAGCGAGUCGGACUCUAGUGACGAUGUGGCCCGCAGCAAACUGAUCCGCGAAAGCAAGCUGCGUGACGGCGUUGUCCGCAUACGCCCAGGCGCUGAAUCACGCAUGGGCUUAGACACGUUCAAGUUCCCCAAGCACGAAGACAACACGCAGCGGGAGAACUCGGUGCAGGAUGAGAUUCCCAUCCCGCUCACCCCGCGUCUCGGCUGCAUCCAGCUCCCCUCCUCCGCAAGCUCGCAGAACCUGCCGUCCGGGAACGAGGGGCGCGAGGGUUUCGUCCGUUCUGAGCCUGAGCCCGAGGCCUCAACCAUCCAGCCUGCGACCCUGCCUCCGAUCCCCGCUCGGACGGGCGGCCGCAGCCUUCACCGUCGCACCCAGUCUACACCAACGUCCAACCAAGCUACAGCACCUGCCACGUUAGAACAGACCGCUCACCGCCGAUCCUUUUCGAUCUACGAAUGGCGCUUGCGGCUUGACCCAGGCGAGCGUAAUCCCUCCAUUGGCAUGGUCGUGGAGACCAUGGCGUCUUUUACGACCAGCCUUUCUCGCACAGGCAGUGGCAGCCUUCACCGUCGCGCUAAAUCGACCCCGGCUGCCAUGCCCGUCACGGUGACAGACGAAUCAAGUGGUACGUCUGUGUCGGGGUCAAUCCACGUGCCUGAGGAGGAGCUACAAUCUGAGACAUCCAUGUCUCACGGACCAGAGGCGACUGUUUCCGAAGUUUGCCCUGAAACAGAAAUGGUACCAGCCCAGGCCGAGGUCUCGGACAGAGCGUCAUCGCAGGAGGCGGCCACGCCCCCUUCGCAGGAGAGCACGAGCGACAGCUCGGCCGCGACCGUGCAGGAGAUGGAGGGGGAGUCGCCCGAGCCGUCUCUGACUCCCUCUCCUCAGUCCAGCUCGGUAUGGUCUCUCAACAAGCCGCUCCCUCCCCUGCCUCCUGCUGCAGAGCACGGCCGUCGAGGGUUGCGGCAGCGCUUUCGCGCCUGGACCGCCACUCAUGUCGCUCAGGGUUUCGGCGCUCAGGCCUCAGUCUACGCCAACCCCGGCCAUGCCGGAAAUACCGGGCAGUACGGCAUGCCAGGGUCUACUCCUGCCGCCACACAGAACGCCACCGAGAUGGUGGACCACCUCCACCACAGCAUCACAGCCCAGAGCCAUGUUGGGAACGGCACGCAGAAUGCGCGCGCGCAGGAUGACUCAGUUGUCAACGGCGGCGCGCACAACACCUGGCGGGGCAGCCGCCACAAGAAGACCCGCAGCACCGGAUCCUCAUUCAAGCUCUCAUUCGGGAUCUAG